AUGGCAUGGUGGGCGGCUCUACUGUUCGCCUGUCUUCCGGCCAGCGGGCAGCUGUCGCCUGAUCUGCUAGACCGACUGAACUAUACCUGCUUGGCCUUUGCCAAAGAGGGUGACACGCUGAACGCCACGGCCAUAGGGAGGCGCCUGUUCGCCUCUUACCUGGGAUUCAACUCCUCGGAGGAGCCGGCCGUGCCGAGAGGAACUCCGAGCUGCGAUCACAAUUUGGACGAGGUGGUGUCACUUUGCUCAGCAGUGCCUGCUGGCUCAUUCUGCCUCUAUGCCAAAUCUUCGAAGGACGACGGCCCUGGCGGUUACUGCGUUUACGUGGACUUGACGGCCGAGCCAGAUGCUGUGGCGGUGCCUUGCCCGCCCGGAUUUUACUGCACCGGCGGGCAUCAGCAGCCGGUGGUGUGUCCCAAAGGCACGCACUGCCCGGCCAAGACUGCGGAGGUCAAACGCUGUCCCUUGGGCUCCUUCUGUCCAUCUGCGGCUUUAAACAUCUCCUGCGACCCCGCCGUCACAGGAAAGUUCCUGAAAGGUUCGCAAUGUUUGCCGGGUCCUGCUGGUCGCACGUCCUUGCCACAGCCAUGUCCUGCAGGGACCUACUGCGUGGCUGGCAGAAGCAGGCCGUGCCCUCGCGGGAGCUUCUGUCCCACCGGCGUGUCGACACCUGCGAGGUGCUCCGAGACGGAGCAAUGUCCUCCAGGCUCUCGCAUGCCGAACCGCAGCCUGCGCGCGGUAGUGGAGCUGGCGAUUGUCCUGGGGAUCUGCUCCAGCUUGCUAUUGAGCUUAAACUGGUGGUGCCUCACGCCCCAGUACUGGGGGAUGCGGAUCGUCUUCUUGGGACUGUUGCUGAGCUUCUUCUGGCUCUACGAGAUCAUGCGAAUGCAUCCGAUUAUCGAGCCCAUAACCUUCCUCAGCUACGCUUCCGCCAUGAUCGUUUGGGGCGUCGCCGUCACGCCCCGGGCACGCCGGGCAUGCGGCAAGAACCUGUGGAUCGUAGAGCAGAUCUGCCUCACCUGCGUCGCUGCGGGCUGCGGCCUGGUGCUGGGCGAUCUAGCCGCCGCCGGCUUCUUGGCCAUCCUCAUCCCGUUUAUGGCGGUCGCUUACAGUGUCUUUGGCGGGAGCUUGACUUCUCUGACAAACCUCCAGAGACUGCUUCUGCUUUCCUGUGCCUAUGGCUUCUCGUUGCUCUCGAUCUUCUUCCUGGGAUACAGGCAGAGGGCGCUGAUGUACUUCUGUAUCAUGGUGCUGUGCGUGGUAGUGUUCGGCAUCUCGUUCCUCGUGGACGGAGGUUGCGGAGCCGAAGAGCCCGUCCAGGAGCUGGGGGCUGCUCUCCUACCUGGCGCAAGUCUGGCGUCGGGGCCCUUCGACUCCGUCUCCAGCCCCUACAGCUUCGGCCCAAGGAACUUGGAGGUGUCCAGCGGCAUCAGCUUCCACCUGGAUGCCGUGUCUCUGGUGCUGCCCAGCGGUCAGGUGAUCCUCAGCGACAUCAAUCUGCAAAUCCCCGCGGGGGCCACGGUGGCUGUGAUGGGCCCCUCCGGCUGCGGCAAGAGCUCCAUCACCAACGUGCUGAGUGGCCGAGCCGGCUACGCCAAGGUCCAGGGCCAGAUUCAGAUCAACGGCAUACAUGGCAGGGGCAGGAGCAUCUCAGAGCUGCGAUCUGUGACUGGCUUCGUCCCGCAGGAUGAUGUGAUGCAUCGAAACCUCACUGUGGAGGAGAACGUGUCCUUCCAGGCCCAACUGCGACUUCCACAAGAGGGGGCGCGUGGGAUUGUGGCGCGUGCAGAGCAAGUUGAGGAGGCGACCACCAAGAUCCUGGACCAGCUUGGCUUGGGCGACCCUCAACUACGGAAGACCUUCAUUGGCGACGAGCAGGUGAAGGGGGUGUCUGGUGGCCAGCGGAAGCGCGUGUCCAUCGCCAUGGAGUUCGUCGCCAAGCCCUACUUGUUGUUUCUGGAUGAGCCCACCAGCGGACUUGACUCCACGACCUCCCAUGCGGUGGUGGAGGUGGUAACCAGAGCAGCGAAGCAGCAGCGCUGCACCACCAUCGCUGUGAUCCACCAGCCUCGGUAUGAGACCUUGUGCUUGUUCGACAAUGUCAUCCUCCUGGCGGCCGGGGGAUAUCUCGUGUACUCCGGGCCCACGAAAGAGGUGGAGAAGUACUUCGCGGAGCAGCUCAGUGUGCGAUUCCCGGAGAAGGCCAACCCGGCAGAUAUCUUCUUGGACUCCAUCACCUUGGAUGCUGCUGCAGACAUGAUGGACAGAGGCCAGAUGAAGCUCGACGGCAUCGACAUGCGGAGCUUCAAAAGCUUUGGCCAGUCCUUAGCAGACCUUUGGUCCCUGAGACGAGAGGCCUACCAGGUGUCGCGGCACAAGAUGGAGGUGCCGCUGCCGGCGCUGGGCUUGGGCACCUGCAGCUGGGGCGACGAGAUCUUCGUGCACAUGAAGCGGGCGGCCGUGCAGCUCCAAAGGGACCGCCUCCAGGUGCUGUGGAACAACCUCCUCUUGGUCUUUGGGCUGGUGAUCUAUUGCGUUUGUGCGCCAGCAAAGACUCCCAGCCAAGAACUGGUGCACCCAUUGCUGGCGCUCUUCCUGCUGCUCUUGACCCAGGGUGUGGCGGCACAGCGGGUCUUCGGUGGCCGGGAGCGGUUCAUGGCCUGGCGCGAGGCCGGUGCCGGCCUGAAUACCUUCCUCUGCUUCUUCGGCAGGGACAUCACUGCUUUGGCCGAAGUGCUGCUGGCUACGGUCUUUUUCACCGCCAUCUACUGGCCCCUGGGCCCUUUGCAGUGCAGUCACCACACCGUCUUUUGGGUGUCCUUCUGCUUUGUCUAUGCGGCCUUUGGCAUGAACUACAUCUGCAGUAUCUUCAUGGAGCCCGACACGGCCCAGAUGAUGGCUGUGGUGAUCUCGUUUCUCUCCUUUCUGCUGGCAGGGUGCAACCCUCCCUUCCGAGAUUUGAUCCACGUGCCAUUUCACCUUGGCACCAUGUUGAUGGCCUUGUCACCGCUGCGCUGGGCAUAUGGAUGUUUCCUGAUGUACGACCACAUGGUGAAUAAGCACUCGAGCUUCGGGAACCCCAUUGUGCAGCUGGGCGCGGAAGGGCCGCUGCAAGAGCGCGGCUUCCCCUUGGAGUGGGUCCUCAACACAGGCUGGACGCGCGGCAUCAGCAGCAUCCGCUCUGACUGGGAAGGGCAGCCAUGCGCGCGAGCAGGCGAUACCAAGUGCGCGGACUUCCGUCCGCCCAAUGCCUUCGUCUGCGAUGUCACGCAGCUGCUGCUGUUGGGCAUCUACUUCCGCGCCUUGGCCUUGCUUUCCAUGGUCAUCACCUCCCGGCAGAAGGCUGGCGGAGGCCAGCUCUUGAGCAGCUCCAAGAGCUCCCAGCGCCGGGACCGCCUGCUCAGCCGCUUGUUCACGGCCUUCUUGGUGCUGCUGACGGAUCUGGAAUGA